GCCGCCAUGGGGCCGGGGGACCCGGGUCCGCCGACGCGGCCCUGAUGCCGCCGCCGUCCGUGCGGGCGCCGCUGCUAUUGCUGCUGCUAGCGGGACCCGGGGCUUGCAGAGCCGCUGCAUAGGGCUGCACAGCUGGAGAAGAUGCCCAACGUCACUGGAAGAGAGGGAGCCAUGGCCCGGGACUCCCUGCCGCUGCCCCCUCCAUUACCCCAGGAUCUGGCUCCCCCUUGCCUGGAUGGAAGCCCGUGUUCAAAUGGAGGUCGCUGCACCCAGCUGUCCUCCCGGGAGGCUGCCUGCCUGUGCCCACCAGGCUGGGUGGGUGAGCGGUGCCAGCUGGAAGACCCCUGCCAUUCGGGUCCCUGUGCUGGUCGUGGUGUCUGCCAGAGCUCGGUGGUAGCAGGCACUGCCCGGUUCUCCUGUCGCUGUCCCCGUGGGUUCAGAGGCCCUGACUGCUCCCUGCCAGACCCCUGCCUCAGCAGCCCCUGUGCCCAUGGGGCCCGCUGCUCAGUGGGGCCUGAUGGCCGCUACAUCUGCUCCUGCCCACCUGGCUACCAGGGCCGCAGCUGUCGAAGUGACGUGGACGAGUGCCGGGGGGGAGGUCCCUGCCACCACGGUGGCACGUGCCUCAACACACCUGGCUCUUUCCGCUGCCAGUGCCCCGCUGGCUACAUGGGGCCACUGUGUGAGACCCCUGCAGUGCCCUGUGCUCCUUCACCAUGCCGUAACGGAGGCACCUGUAGACAGAAUGGCGAUCUCACCUAUGAUUGUGCCUGCCUUCCUGGGUUCGAGGGCCAGAACUGUGAGGUGAAUGUGGAUGACUGUCCAGGGAACCGGUGCCUAAAUGGGGGGACAUGUGUAGAUGGCGUCAACACCUACAAUUGCCAGUGCCCUCCGGAGUGGACAGGCCAGUUCUGCACGGAGGACGUGGAUGAGUGUCAGCUGCAGCCCAAUGCUUGCCACAACGGGGGCACCUGCUUUAACACCCUGGGUGGCCACAGCUGUGUGUGUGUCAAUGGCUGGACUGGUGAGAGCUGCAGUCAGAACAUUGAUGACUGUGCCACGGCCGUGUGCUUCCACGGGGCCACCUGCCAUGACCGCGUGGCCUCCUUCUACUGUGCCUGCCCCAUGGGCAAGACUGGGCUUCUGUGCCAUCUGGACGAUGCCUGUGUCAGCAAUCCCUGCCAUGAGGAUGCUAUCUGCGACACAAACCCGGUGAAUGGCCGCGCCAUCUGCACUUGCCCACCCGGCUUCACCGGUGGCGCGUGUGACCAGGAUGUGGACGAGUGCUCCAUUGGCGCCAACCCCUGUGAGCACCUGGGCAAGUGUGUGAACACACAGGGCUCGUUCCUGUGCCAGUGUGGCCGAGGCUACACGGGCCCACGCUGUGAGUCUGACGUCAAUGAGUGCCUCUCCGGGCCCUGCCGCAACCAGGCCACAUGCCUCGACCGCAUAGGCCAGUUCACCUGCAUCUGCAUGGCAGGCUUCACAGGCACCUUCUGCGAGGUGGAUAUGGACGAGUGUCAGAGCAGCCCGUGUGUCAACGGCGGGGUCUGCAAGGACAGAGUCAAUGGCUUCAGCUGCACCUGUCCCUCUGGCUUCAGCGGGGCGCUGUGCCAGCUGGACGUGGAUGAGUGCGCGAGCACGCCCUGCAGGAAUGGAGCCAAGUGCGUGGACCAGCCGGACGGCUACGAGUGCCGCUGCGCAGAGGGCUUUGAGGGCGCGCUGUGCGAACUCAACGUGGAUGACUGCUCUCCCGACCCGUGCCACCACGGGCGCUGCGUGGACGGCAUCGCCAGCUUCUCCUGUGCCUGCGCCCCCGGCUACACUGGCACGCGCUGCGAGAGCCAGGUGAACGAGUGCCGCAGCCAGCCCUGCCGCCACGGGGGCAAAUGCCUCGAUCUGGUGGACAAAUACCUCUGCCGCUGCCCUCCUGGCACCACAGGUGUGAACUGUGAGGUGAACAUCGACGAUUGUGCCAGCAACCCCUGCACCUUCGGAAUUUGCCGGGACGGUGUCAAUCGCUAUGACUGUGUGUGCCAGCCUGGCUUCACAGGGCCUCUCUGCAACGUGGAGAUCAACGAGUGUGCGUCCGGCCCCUGCGGGGAGGGCGGCUCCUGUGUGGAUGGGGAAGACGGCUUCCACUGCCUCUGCCCGCCUGGCUCCCUGCCUCCACUGUGCCUGCCCCCAAGCCAUCCCUGUGCCCAAGAGCCCUGCAAUCACGGUGUCUGCCAUGACGCGCCAGGAGGGUUCCGCUGUGUAUGUGAUCCUGGCUGGAGCGGCCCCCAGUGCAGCCAGAGUCUCACGCGAGAUGCCUGUGAGUCUCAACCCUGUGGGGCUGGUGGCACCUGCACCAGCAACGGCAUGGACUUCCACUGCACCUGUCCCGCCGGCAUGCAGGGCCAUCAGUGUGAGCUGCUGUCCCCCUGUGCCCCGAACCCCUGUGAGCACGGGGGCCACUGCGAGCCUGGUCCUGGCCACCUGGCUGUCUGCUCCUGCCCCCCUGGCUGGCAAGGCCCUCGAUGUCAGCAGGAUGUGGACGAGUGUGCUGGCCCCUCGCCCUGCGGCCCCCACGGGACCUGCACCAACCUGGCGGGGAGUUUUAGUUGCACCUGCCACGGGGGGUAUAGCGGCUCUUCCUGUGACCAGGACAUCGAUGACUGUGACCCCAACCCCUGCUUGAAUGGUGGCUCCUGUCAAGACCGUGUGGGCUCCUUUUCCUGCUCCUGCCUCCCAGGCUUUGCUGGCCCCCGCUGUGCCCGCGACGUGGACGAGUGUCUGAGCAGCCCCUGUGGCCCCGGCACCUGCACUGACCACGUGGCCUCCUUCACCUGCACCUGCCCCCCGGGCUAUGGAGGCUUCCGCUGUGAGCAGAACCUACCCGACUGCAGCCCCAGCUCCUGCUUCAAUGGUGGGACCUGCUUGGACGGAGUGAACUCGUUCAGCUGUCUGUGCCGCCCUGGCUACACCGGCGCGCACUGCCAGCAGGAGGCCAGCCCCUGCCUCUCCCGGCCCUGUCUGCACGGGGGUGUCUGCACGGCCACCUACCCUGGCUUCAUCUGCGCCUGUCCAGAGGGCUUCACUGGCGCUCAGUGUCAGACACUGGUAGACUGGUGCAGCCUUGAGCCUUGUCAGAACGGGGGUCGCUGUGCCCAGACGGGGGCCUCUUUCUACUGCCUCUGUCCUCCGGGGUGGAGCGGCAGCCUCUGUGACAUCCAAAGCCUGCCCUGCAGACAGGCGGCGGCCCAGAUGGGGGUGCGGCUGGAGCAGCUGUGUCAGGCUGGUGGGCAGUGUGUGGACAAGGAGAGCUCCCACUACUGCGUGUGCCCAGAGGGCCGCACAGGCAGCCACUGUGAGCAAGAGGUGGACCCCUGCUUGGCCCAGCCCUGCCAGCACGGGGGCACUUGCCAAGGCUACAUGGGGGGUUAUGUGUGCGAGUGUCCAGCCGGCUACGCUGGUGACAACUGUGAGGAUGACGUUGAUGAGUGUGCCUCGGAGCCCUGCCAGCAUGGGGGCUUCUGCAUUGACCUUGUGGCCCGAUACCUCUGCUCCUGUCCUCCUGGGACGCUGGGGGUUCUCUGUGAGAUUAAUGAGGACGACUGUGGCCCAGGCCCGCCCCAGGACCCAGGUCCGAGGUGCUUGCACAAUGGUACCUGUGUGGACCUGGUGGGCGGCUUCCGCUGUACCUGCCCCCCAGGAUACACGGGCCUGCGCUGUGAGGCCGAUAUCAACGAGUGUCGCCCGGGCGCCUGCCACGCAGCACACACCCGGGACUGCCUGCAGGACCCCGGUGGGGGCUUCCGCUGCCUUUGCCGACCCGGCUUCGCAGGUCCCCGCUGUCAGACUGUCCUGUCUCCCUGCGAGUCCCAGCCCUGCCAGCAUGGAGGCCAGUGCCGUCCUGGCCCAGGCUCUGGGGGUGCAUUGACCUUCACCUGCCAUUGUGUCGCGGUAAGCGGGGGUGGCUGGUCACAUCAGGGUCUCCGGGAGGGAGUGGGACUGUGGCCUGGUGGGAGGGCGUGCCUUUGGGGAAGAGGAGGCGCAAGGGAAACGGGUCCUGGGAAAUUCCCCGAGGGCUUUGCGCUGCACAAGGACGUGGCCGCUGGCCACAAGGGCCGGAGGGAGCCUGUGGGCCAAGAUGCGCUGGGCAUGAAGAAUAUGGCCAAGGGGGAGAGUCUGAUGGGGGAGGUGGCAGCAGACUGGAUGGACACAGAGUGCCCAGAGGCCAAGCGACUGAAGGUAGAGGAGCCUGGCGUGGGGGCUGAGGACGCUGUGGAUUGCCGCCAGUGGACUCAACACCACCUGGUUGCUGCUGACAUCCGCGUGGCACCAGCCAUGGCCUUGACGCCGCCGCAGGGGGAGGCAGAUGCUGAUGGCAUGGAUGUCAACGUGCGUGGCCCAGGUCAGUGAGGCACCUCCCGCUCCCCGCUCCUACUUGCUGCAUUCUGCGGGGGGGCCUUGGAGCCCAUGCCAGCUGAGGAGGACGAGGCAGAAGACACAUCAGCCAGCAUCAUCUCAGACCUGAUUUGCCAGGGGGCCCAGCUUGGGGCGCGGACUGACCGCACGGGUGAGACGGCCUUGCACCUGGCCGCCCGUUAUGCCCGGGCUGAUGCUGCCAAGCGGCUGCUGGAUGCUGGAGCAGAUACCAAUGCCCAAGACCACUCGGGGCGCACCCCCCUGCACACGGCUGUCACUGCCGAUGCCCAGGGCGUCUUCCAGAUUCUCAUCCGGAACCGCUCCACAGACCUGGAUGCCCGCAUGGCAGAUGGGUCGACCGCAUUGAUCCUGGCGGCCCGCCUGGCGGUGGAGGGCAUGGUGGAAGAGCUCAUUGCCAGCCACGCUGAUGUCAAUGCUGUGGACGAACUUGGGAAAUCAGCCUUACACUGGGCUGCAGCUGUCAACAACGUGGAGGCCACCUUGGCCCUGCUCAAAAAUGGAGCCAACAAGGACAUGCAAGAUAGCAAGGAGGAGACACCACUGUUCCUGGCUGCCCGGGAGGGCAGCUAUGAGGCUGCCAAGCUGCUGCUGGAUCACUUUGCCAACCGGGAGAUCACUGACCAUCUGGACAGGCUGCCCCGGGACGUGGCCCAGGAGAGGCUGCACCAGGACAUCGUGCGCUUGCUAGACCAGCCCAGUGGGCCGCGCAGUCCCCCGGGCUCCCAUGGCCUGGGGCCCCUGCUCUGCCCGCCCGGGGCCUUCCUCCCUGGCCUCAAGGCGGCACAGUCAGGGGGCAAGAAGAGCCGAAGGCCACCAGGGAAAGCAGGGCUGGGACCACAGGGCACCCGGGGCCGGGGCAAGAAGCUGACGCUGGCCUGCCCGGGUCCUCUGGCUGAGAGCUCAGUCACACUGUCGCCUGUAGACUCUCUGGACUCCCCACGGCCCUUUGGUGGGCCCCCUGCAUCCCCUGGAGGUUUCCCCCUCGAGGGGCCCUACAUGAGUGCCACCACCACGGCUGUGUCCCUGGCACAACUUGGUGGUGUGGGCAGGGCAGGUCUAGGGCGCCAGCCCCCCGGGGGCUGUGUACUCAGCCUGGGCUUGCUGAAACCUGUAGCCGUUCCCCUCGACUGGGCCCGGCUGCCCCCACCUGCCCCACCAGGUCCCUCGUUCCUGCUGCCACUGGCACCGGGACCCCAGCUGCUGAACCCUGGGACCCCCAUGUCUCCUCAGGAGCGGCCCCCACCAUAUCUGGCUGUUCCGGGACAUGGUGAGGAGUAUCCAGUACCUGGGGCCCAUGGCAGCCCCCCCAAGGCUCGCUUCCUCCGGGUCCCGAGUGAGCAUCCCUACCUGACCCCAUCCCCUGAGUCCCCUGAGCAUUGGGCCAGCCCCUCGCCUCCCUCACUGUCAGACUGGUCUGAUUCCACACCCAGCCCAGCCACUGCCAGUAGGGCCACAGCCACAGCGGCAGGGACACUUCCUGCCCAGCCACUCUCCCUGUCUGUCCCUGGCCCCCUCGUUCAGGCUCAGACCCAGCUGGGGCCCCAGCCUGAAGUCACUCCCAAGAGGCAGGUGUUGGCUUGAGAUGCUCCUCAGUUCUUGGGGUUUGGGCAACUGAAGAGACACCCUAUCCUGAUUCUGUUCUCCCCCAUUUUCCUUUAAUCCUUUCCAUUCUCUUUUCUCUUUUCCAAUCCCCCUGCACCCCCUACCCCUUCAGUGUGACUGACAUAGCUUACCAGCCUAGGGCUUCAAUCUUCCCUUAUUUGUAAGGGGUUCAGGCUGACCCCCACCCAUGGGUCUUGUGAUGAGUCUGGGACCGCCUCCUGUCCUCCCCUGUCCUACUCUCCAACUCACCCUUCCUUCCUUUCUUGCCUCCUCUGGCCUCUUUCACUCCUCACACUCUGACAUGAGUGGAUUAUUAUUUUUUUUUACAUUUUGUAUAGAAACAAAAUUCAUUUAAACAAACUUAUUAUUAUUAUUAUUAUUUUUUACAAAAUAUAUAUAUGGAGAUGCUCCCUGCCCCCCUGCAAACCCCCCAGUGCCCCCAUGGGGCUGAGUCUGUGGGCCCAUUUGGCCAAGCUGGAUUCUGUGUACCGAGUACACAGGCAUGACUGGGAUCCUGUGUACCGAGUACAUGACCCUGGUGUGUACCAAGUAGUCACCCUUGGGCGCACCCUCUGGGGCCAGGGGUUGGCAAGAUGUGGGAGCUUCCUCCCCACCCCAUGUCCCUCACUUCACUGCAUUCCAGAUGGAACUUGUUCUAUAGCUUUGCUGGGGAAAGGGCUCUUCUAUCUUAGAGAGCCCACCCCCAGAUUGUCUCCCCACCCUUGAGCCUGGGCCACCUUCCUUUGGGAACUUGGGGGUGGGUGGUGGGAACAUGAGGAUUAGGGGAGAUAUGUGCAUUUCACUUUGUGUCCCUGUACAUAUGGGACUGCAAGAUGGGAAGGAGCUACCUGAGUGGCACCUCUCCUGGUACUCCCCUGGCCCAGUGCCAUGGCAGAAUAUAAGUAUUUUUAGGCAAUUUUUGUAAUAUGGCUUCUGAUCACAAUUUCUGUGUAGCUAAGUUCCCAGGCCUUUCAUUGUACAGCCCCCACUCCCCUCACCACCUAAUAAAGGAAUAGUUAACACUCA